AUGGCCGGCCGAAAAGAAGCUGUAGGCCCAACCGCAGGUCCGACCUCGCCGUCUGCAUCAUCGUCACCAAUGACGGGCGCCACCAAGACAAAGUCGACCGCAUCUCAGUCGCGGGCACAGGCGCACACCCGCCUCCGCACCCACCGCGGCCUGACCUGCGCCAACUGCCGCACACGCAAGACCCGCUGCGACGGCAGCCAGCCGACAUGCAAGACGUGCGAGGUGUACCGGGACACGUGCCGGUACGAGAAGCCGCCGCCCAUGUCGCAGAUUGUGACGAUGGCGAGACGGCUGCAGGAGGCAGAAGAGACGGUGGCGGCCUUGCGGGCGGAGCUGGCGGCGACAAAGUCAGCGGCGCAACCGGCGAGAGCCAUGGCGAUGGCGAUGGCGGCCGAAGCAACUGCCACUGCCCAACAGGCGCAUCCGCUCCCAACAUCACCGCACUUCAAACACGAAGGCAACACAGAUAUAUCUGCAUCCACAUCCACGGCCGACCGACCAACACCCACCACUUCCCGCCGGCCCUCCCAGGACCUCUUGUUCGACCUCAGCGUCGACAGCAACGGCAAGCUCUGCUAUGUCGGCCCGACAUCGGCCGUGCACAACCCGCCCGACAUCGAGGCACACACUUCGCCCAUUCAGACCUACGACGAUGCCCAGGAGGAUGUGUUUCGGGACACGAGCCGUCCCAUAGGCAGCAGCCACCGUCUCAAACGAGCCCGUCUACAUCACCAGACACAAGAACCACGCCCGUCGAACAAACAGACCCCGGACAGAGGCGACACCGCCCCCACCACAAAGGCCGACGUCCGCGCCCUGCUCACAACCAGAGCCAUCGAGGCCCGCGCCUGGGAGGCCUUUGCUCUGGCCAGCGCCGCCGACCAGACGGAUCUACCGCGCGCCGCGCUUGCCCGCCUUCUCCAGAUCCACUGGGUCUGGAUUGCGCCCAUGUUCAUGUGGGUGUACCGCCCGGCGUUUAUGCGCGACAUGGCCCGCGGCGAGGGCAAGUACUAUUCGCCGCUGCUGUUGAUUGUCCUGUGUGGUCAUGCAGCGAGGUUUGAGGAAACCGCCGAAGCAACGGCGGCGACCGCCGGCGGCGGCACCCUUCUCGGCGAUGCUCUGAUUUCUCGCGCCCGCCUCCUCCUCGGCGCCGAAAUCCACAAACCCAGCACCAUCCCCACCGUCCAGGCCCUCCUGCAGCUCUCCGCCCGCGACCUCGCCUACGGCCACAUCUCCCAGGCCUGGCUCUACAGCGGCAUGGCCUUCCGCAUGGUCUCCGACCUGGGCUUGCAGCACAGCAGCAGCGGCCAGCUGCUGGGCCUGGGCCAGCUGGGCGCCGAGGACCUCGAGGUGCGCCGCCGCCUCUACUGGAGCUGCUACUUCUGGGACAAGGCCAUGAGCCUCUACCUGGGCCGCAUGCCGACGCUCGUCGACCUCCCGCCCGACGCCUCGCCGGACCUGCUCGACGACUUUGCCGAGCACGAGCUGUGGCGUCCUCCCGCGCCGGCCUCGUCCAGCCCCUCCGGGGACACAAACUCUGGAAACCCGCUUUUUGGUCGAACAUUGUAUCCCCCCGUAAAGUCCCACGCCAUCUCGUGUUUUGCCAACACCUGCCGCCUAGCCGUGAUUCUGUCCGACAUUGUCCUGCAGCUCUACUCGAGGCGCCGGCCGGCCCCCAGUUCGACGGCGCCGACCUCUGCUGCCUCCAUUGCCUCCGUACAGCGCCUCCGCGGCCGCCUUGACGCCUGGCGCGCUGCCACCCCGUCCCACCUCUUGGUCGCCGACCCCGACCGCACCGCCGUCUGCCCGCCGCCUCACAUCCUGACCCAGAAUCUGCUCUACUACGCAACUCUCAUCCUGCUGCAUCGCCCCUUUUACUCAUCCGCCGUCCACCACGCCACCUGCCGGGACGCCGCCGACCAGUUGGAGCGGCUGCUGCUGCUGCUGGAGCGCACCUUUGGAUUCCACCGCAUCACCUACUUGAUGGCCUAUUGUGUCUACACGGGCGCGUCAGUGCUCGUGCAAGACAUCAAGCAGAGCCGCGGCAGACGCAGACAAGAUACAGCCACCGCCAGCAAGAUCCAGACGUUCCUUCGCGCCCUGCGCCAGGGUAUGGCGUCGUGUCCUCUGGUGCGCAGGAGCCUGGACAUUAUCACGGCCAGUCUAUGGAAUUCGCGGGUGGUCAGCAUUGAUCGUGACGAAGACGAACCGGCGGCCACCGAAAACGACGACGUUGCGGCAGCCAUGCCACCUGCCACCGUGGUGGAUUCCGUCAUGGCCGUUCCACCACCACGGCCACUACCACCAGCACUCGACGACCCAGCCUCCUCAUCCGGCUCUGUGCCGCCAAACCUCCUUUCCGUGCGCAACUAUCUGCCUGCGUUUCCAUACUACCACUCCCAACUAGGCUUCUUCGACGGCGCUGGUAGUGGCGUCGGCAGCAUCCCGACAAACGCAAACACCGGCUUCAACACGGUUGGACGCAUGCCGCCCGCUAUCGCCAACGGGCACACAAACCCAACCACCAACACCACUGCCACAUUUAGCCCAGCUGGAGACACCUAUGACACCUAUGACCUCGCCGCCAUGGACAUUGAUGCUUUCUCGCUGCUGGAUUGCUUCCCCGAGAACAAUGUCGACAGUGCAACUGCCGCUGGUUGGUACAUGUCGCCGUGA